AUGCAAAUUCAGUCGAGCUCGCCCUCGGGUAUUGGUAAAGCACUACAGCAGCUUGAUGGCAAGCUUGAAGCAAACAGCAUCGUUUACGCUGGAGAGGCGAGGCAUAUGCCACUGCUAGGUAGCUUUGACCUGACAGUGUCAGAAGCGCGCAUGUUUGCCCACUUGGACCUUGGACCUGACGGUGCAACUGAGACGACCCCGGAUAGCAGCGUCAAAGGAAUCGGAGUACCUAAACGCCGCGAUACCGUAUCCACUUUCAACAAUGACCUUCGUAAUUUCUGCACAGGUCAGCCACCCAAGCAGUCAUUCCUGGCCCCAGGUGGACGAACACCCCCUCGCUUUCGCAUGUCUCGACGCUCGACCCUAGCCGACAAACCGGAAUUAGACAGCCUUUUGAAAACUGUCAUGAUCACGUACAAGGGCAAGGAAUUCCUUCCGCUGGACGAAAAUACUGUGCACCGUCUGUCUCAGUACUUGAACGGCUCGAAGCCUUUGGCACCCACAUGUCUCUUCACACGGCUCAUGAUAACCAGCGAUGCCAACAAGAUUCGCGCUGAUCGCUUCGUAGCUACCUUGGAGCAAGUUGGUGUGUACUGUAAGCAUCUGGCCAUCAUUUCACCGUUCCAUGCUAUCGAGUUUGGCAAUGUUUUCGCCUGUGAGGUCGAUACCCUGGAAUCUGGCAGCGACUGGGAAAGGAUCCUACAGUGCUUCCCCAACCUCCAGACUGUCAUCUUCGAGUACCCAGCAGGAGAACCCACGAUUCUCACACGAGAUACGUUCUAUGCUUUGAACUGUGCACUUGCCAAUAGCACAACUCUCAAGAAGAUUGAGAAGGUCCAGCUGGAUGUUCCACCUCGUGUGCUCUUCGACUACCAUUGCGACUAUCACUAUGGUCAACGUCAAUGCCACGGUCCCUCGCCUCACGCAUUCAGUGCUACGUCGUUGCCGCUCACGAUGGUUGGCUCGGACAUGGUGUACGCAGAUGACGUCGAGGCCUCUGAUCUACUGGAUGUUGAUGUCGUCUUUGGCAAGGUUGAAACCACUGACGAGGUCGACGCCAUAAACAAGUUCAAGACGGAGACCAUUCCUCUUUAG